AUGCACCCGCUUAUGGCCGAAAAGGUCCGCGUGUUGGGGCUCAUUUCGCUUUCCUUUAUGCUGGCUGCUGGCUUCAUCUGUAUUCUCAUUGCAGCAUCUAGAAGUGGGGACUGGACAAUGAUGAUUGUGGCAUUGUUGAGCAUCUCAAUCCCGUUUCCUGGUCGGAUAGGGUAUAUUCUUAUGAAAGAGGACUUGAAAAAGGAAGAGGAAGAAGAAGAGGCCGAGGACGAGGACCAAGAAGAAGAGUAUAUUUCUUCCGGAAAUGAUAGAUGCGCUUCGAUCACAUCCUCCACAAAAACAGUCAUGAUCCCUGGUCUGGGGACUCUUUGCCUGCUGUUCACGCCGUUGGACAAUAUAUCUGAAAGGAACUGGGAAAUUUGGCUUGGUGCACAGAUAUUAUCACUGGCCCUGAUUAUUCUCUCACUAGUCGUUCCUCUCUUUUGGUUUCUUGUCUCGACCAGCAUUGGGGGCGAUGCUGCCCUCCUUUCAUCAUUAGGUGCUGUCCUGAUGAUGGGUUCCAUCUUAUUAUACUCUCACAUGUACCAUAAGAACGAGGACGAUCUGGCCUUGUUUCUGAAUAACGAUUCAGAAGAUGAAUUUUCAAAUGUUGGAGGCGGCACCUGUGAAAUCAGCGGUUUAUAA